AUGGCUGAAAAUAUGAAAGUUAAGUAUGAUAAAUAUUGGGGUAAGGUUGAAAAAAUGAAUAUGUUGAUCUUUGUUGCUGUUGUGCUUGAUCCUCGACAUAAGAUGCAGUUUGUUAGGCUUUUCCUUGGUAACGGUCAAACUGAAAAUCUUACACAUUCCACUCAAGAAGUGGAAUUGGUAGAACUUAAAGCACCAGAGGAUGCAUUUGCUUUAGAGGUUGAGAUGGACAUGAAUCUUAAUGAGAGCAUGCAAAAAAAUGAAUUGGAUUUGUAUCUCAUGGAGAAUUUGGAGAAGAAAGGUCCUGGUUUUGAUAUCUUGAACUGGUGGAAGGUGAAUUCUAACAAGUAUCUUAUUCUUGGUCAAAUGGCUAGAGACAUAUUGGCCAUGCCUGUGUCUACUGUAGCUUCAGAGUCCGCUUUCUCUACCGGAGGAAGAGUGCUUACUUGUUAUAGAAGCUCUCUUACGCCAAAAACAGUUGAAGCUUUAAUUUGUACACAAAAUUGGUGUAAAUCUCCCCCGGUGUCGGUGGAUAUUGAAGAGCUUGUGGAUGAGUUAGAAAAUUUGGAAUUAGAACUUGCUCCAAUCCCUCAAUUGAAUGAAGGUGUAUCUGAUAUAGACUCUGAUUAG